AUGGACGAAAACUUCACAAAAAAGAGUGAGAUCGAAAGGAAAAAUGAUGGCGUGGUUAUUGAUUCAGUGCUAAUGCAUAAAGCUACACCAGAAUAUCUCCAAGAACUGCUCAAAGACAAAAGACAGCUACAGAAUUUUCCAAACAUCUUUUUACAUUUAGAGUUCAUUCUGGAAAAAGAAAUUACGCGUGUUAGGCAGAAGCUUUUUCAUUUAAAUGAGUCUGUGAAGAAGACUGAGAAUGAACUUCCGAUGCCAUCAGGUAACAUUGUAUCGCUACAAGAGAAAGUGUUUGUCCCAGUAAAAGAAAAUCCGAACUAUAACUUUGUUGGACGACUUCUUGGUCCAAGAGGUUUAACAGCUAAACAGCUUGAGCAAGAUUUGGAGUGCAAGAUCAUGGUCAGAGGCAAAGGAUCAUUAAGAGACAAACGAAAGGAGGACUUAAACAGGGGCAAACCAAACUGGGAACACUUAGAUGAAGAGCUCCAUGUUUUGGUGAGCGUUGAAGACUUUGAAAGUCGUGCAGCAAUAAAACUCAGGAGAGCUUCUGAAACAAUCCGUGCAUUUCUUGAACAAGGAGUACGAACGCCAGAAAAUGAGGACAGACUGAAACAAUUACAGCUAAUGGAAUUAGCUGUUCUAAACGAUAAAGAUCGUCAGCAAGCUCAUAUCCAACAGGUUCAACAGCAUCAACAGCUUAUCCUACAGCAUCAGUCACUCACAGUGUUGAAUCAUCAGGCAGCGGCGGCUGCAGCAGCCGCAGCCGCAGCUGCCGCUCAUAUACUUCCAUCGAAUAAAUACCCUUCGAAUAAUCUUCUACCUCAAAUUCAAUCACAAGUGCUUCCUGUAUCAUUAACAACAAAUUGUCUACUGCCUGGAUCAGCAGUAAACUCAAGUUUGCCUCAAAUGACUUCAGUGCAUUCCAUAUCAAAUAAUCAAUUAUCUCAUUCUCUUCCGUCUUUCAGUUCAACGAAUUUAACCACCACUUAUUUACCAAAUACUAAUUUAUCUGGAUUAUUGUAUCCUUUAACAGCGAAUGCAGCUUUUUCAGCUGCUGCUGCCGCUGCCGGUAGUACAGGAUCGUCAACAAACAAUGGACAGAUUAAUCUUAAUUUACCAUUAAGUCAAAUUGCCAGUAGUUUAACUGGAAAUGGACUAUCUGGAUUGUCUUUACCAAUCGGUUCUAGCUUACAAACAGCUAGUCAUGAUCAAUUAGCUGCUGUAGCAGCUGCUCUCCUGGGUGGAAAUACAACUGGAAAUAUUGGUGCAAGUGGAUCCAAUCUUCAUUUAUCAAAUGGCAAUGUUAGUAGUUAUGCGUCUAACAUGAAUUCAGUUGGUCAUAAUUACCCCAUGACUUCACAUUCAUCUUCACUUUCAGAUGCUGUAAAUAUCCUAGAAUAUAAUAAUUCAUCAACUGUACAAGACGGCAGUUCAGGACCCUUAAAACUACGUUCUGUGCAAGCCUCAUCAACUACACGUUGCAACGAGAAUGAUGAUAACAUCUGUAUUCUUAGUUUUAUGAUAAAAAAACUGGAUCUGGUUACUCCCAUGACAAAUAAACAGCUGUGA